AUGGCCACCGACACAUCUACCAACAUUCCUCCUCCUGUUGCCACCAUACCUUCACCUACUGCCACCUAUCCUGCUGCUAUUGUCCCUUCCAAUCCUUCACAAAACUUGAUCACCAUCAAUAUUGCCGCACAACUUCCUCUCAAGCUCACCUCUAUCAGCUAUUUUUCUUGGAAGGCACAGUUCACUGCCUUAUUUUUUGGAUUGGAUCUCCUUGGUUACCUUUAUGGAACUUCUGAAUGUCCUUCAAAAUCAAUUGAUAGCAAUGGCAAGUCUGUUCCCAAUCCAUACAAAAAAGCUUGGACACGUCUUUCGCGACUCUAUGCAAAGAGGUCCAACAUACAUAGCAUUCACUUGAAAGACAAACUCUCCAUGAUCAUAACAGUUGUUGAUUUUCUCAUCUCAAUCAAGAAAAUUGCUAAUGAAUUGUCUGCCCUUGGGGCUCCUCCCUCAGAUGCCGACCUCCUUCUCUAUAGCAGUCGUGGUCUCGGACCUGCCUAUAAGGAACUCGUUGUAGAUUUACGGACUAGAGAUUCUGUGGUACCAUUUGAAGAAUUGUUUGACAAGAUCAUUGAUCAUGAGACUUUCCUCAUUCACAAUGACACCAACCCUGUUCCUCCUCCUCCAACCGCAAAUCUGACCAAAUCAUCCCGCCCUCCCUACCAUUCCUCACCUACUCCCUCUCGUUCUCUUGGUAUUCUGCCAACUCCUUCAUUCCGACACAAGCCUUCCCGAAAUCCUGCCACUGUCGCUGUUUAUCAGUUUUGUGACAAACACGGUCAUGAAGCCAAAAAAUUGUUCAAACUUUUUCCCAACCCGUGA